AUGCGAUUCACUCUUUCUGCAAUUAUUCUAGCAAUUUUUUUGGUGCAAGCAUUCAGUGCUCCAUGUCGAACAGUCGGUCCAAAACGAGCUACUAAAAAAACAACAAAAAAUGCUGGCGAUACAACAAGGUUUGAAAGAAAACAUUUCCAAAUUGAAAAUAUUUAAUUCAGAUCCAUCCAAACUUCCAAGCCCUCGGAAGCUACAACACAAACAUCUGCAACAGCUUCGACAACAAAAGCUUUAAUAGUUAGUACAACAUCGAUAAUAGAACAAACCACAACUCUAGCGCCAGAAAUUUCAACCAAAAGACCUGGUUUCAAUUGGACAAUUCCAACAGGUCCAUCUUUUCCAGGAUUCAAUGAAACUAUAACAUUCUUGAAUAAAACAAUUGCUGGAUUCAAUGGAACUAUACCAGAUCCAAUUUGGUCAGUUAUACCUGGAUAUAAUGAAACUCUGAAGUUCUUCGAAAAAAAUAUACCUGGAUUUAAUGGAACUUUGCCGGAUCCAUUUUGGCCAGCAAUUCCUGGAUUUAAUGAAACUCUAGAAUAUUUGAAUAAAACGAUAUCUGGAUUUGAUAUCAAUCUUCCAUUCUCAAAAUUGCCAUCUCUUAAUGAAACCAUUCCUGGAUUCAAGGAAACUAUGGAUUUCUUGAAGACUACUAUUCCAAACUUCAAUGGAACACUUCCAUAUCCAUCUUGGCCAUAUCCACCUUGGUUUCUACCGGAUGGCAGAUUACCUGAUAUCAAUAUAACUGUGACACUUCCACCACUACCAAUUACAGCUCCACCAAUUGUAGUUAACUUGAAUUCGGACUCGAGAAUCAAGCAAGCUGAAGUCUCCAAUCUUCAAUUUCUCCUGAAGUCUCUCGUCGACGAGAAUUCGAUUCUCAAAGAGAAAUUAGAUCUUGCUCGAGCUUAUUUAGCUGGUCAUUCAGAGGUUUGUUGUUUUUCUAAUUCAAAAAAAUAAUAUCGAAUUUUUUCAGACAAAGGAGGACAACAACAAUCAAUGA